CUUCUUCCGUCCUCCCCAACUCUAUUAGUGGUGUCUGCAACCCACACCCCUCCCCUUUCUCUCCCUCUUCCUCUCUCUCUCUCCCUCUCUCUCUCUCUCUCGGUGGUCCACGUCGUUGCUUGCGGAGGAAGGACGGGAAAGGAGUGGAGGCAAGAGAGGGUUGUUUUGGUUCGUGGUACCACAGUAGGUCGUUGAUCGCGUUCGCUCCAUCGCCGGAAUCGCAUGAGAUCGCCCCUUUCCCCUUGAUUCCGGCCGGCGGCGCUUCCCGAUGGAGGAGUUGCUCAGCAGCGACGAAGAGUACUACUACGAUAGAGACUCCCUCGACGGGAUCGAGCAGGAGGUGGACGACUCCACUUGGCCAUCCACCAGCGUCUCCAACAUCAAGGUUAUUACAAGAGCCUCACUUUUGGCAGCGCAGAAAGAGGACCUGAAGAGAGUGAUGGAUUUACUAACUUUGAAGGAACAUCAUGCAAGAACUCUACUAAUCUAUCAUCGCUGGGAUGUUGAGAGGCUGUUGGCUGUGCUUGUUGAGAAAGGGAAGGAUCGGUUAUUUAGUGAGGCAGGGCUUACAUUGUUGGAGUCAAACAACAAAACUUCCUUAUGCUCACAAACAAGUAUCAACUGUGAUAUAUGCAUUGAAGUGGUCCCUUCAGAUGAAGCAACAGCUAUGGAUUGUGGCCACUACUUCUGCAACAACUGUUGGACAGAGCAUUUCAUUGUUAAGAUAAAUGAAGGACAAAGUAGGCGCAUAAGGUGCAUGGCACACAAGUGCAAUGCUAUAUGUGAUGAAGCUGUUGUUAGAAAUCUGCUCAGUUCUAAGCAUCCUGAUGUCGCAGAUCGUUUUGAGAGGUUUCUUUUGGAGUCAUAUAUCGAGGACAAUAACAAAGUCAAGUGGUGCCCGAGUGUUCCGCACUGUGGAAAUGCAAUUCGUGUGGAGGAUGAUUCUUGUUGUGAGGUAGAAUGCACGUGUGGAAUGCAGUUUUGUUUUAGUUGUUCAUCAGAAGCACACUCACCUUGCUCAUGCCUGAUGUGGGACCUCUGGGCUAAGAAAUGCAAGGAUGAGUCAGAGACUAUCAACUGGAUGACUGUUCACACAAAACCCUGCCCAAAAUGCCAUAAGCCUGUGGAGAAGAAUGGCGGAUGCAACCUAGUUAGCUGCCUCUGUGGACAAGCAUUUUGUUGGCUGUGUGGUGCUGCCACUCGUCGGGAGCAUACUUGGACAAGUAUUGAAGGCCAUAGUUGUGGACGUUAUAAGGAAGACCGUGAGAAAAAGGCUGAACGGGCUAAACGGGAAUUAGAUCGAUACAUGCAUUAUCAUUCACGGUAUAAAGCUCACUUAGAUUCGUUCAAGCUUGAGACGAAGCUGAAGGAGUCUGUGCAGAAUAAGAUCUUGACUUCGGAAAAUAAAGAAACAGGAGUUAGAGAUUAUUCAUGGGUCACAAAUGGACUUCAUCGGCUUUUCAGAUCCAGACGUGUUCUUUCAUACUCAUAUCCCUUUGCUUUCUACAUGUUUGGCGAACUUUUCAAGGAUGAGUUGACAGAGGAGGAAAGAGAUCUGAAGCAGCACCUUUUUGAGGAUCAACAACAGCAGCUUGAGGGAACUGUUGAGAAGCUCUCUAAACUUAUUGAAGAACCUUUUGAUGAAUUACCUGAGAAGAAAGUUCUAGAUAUAAGGAUGCAUGUCAUCAAUUUGACUGUCCUCAUAGAUAAGCUUUGCCAGAAAAUGUAUGAAUGCAUUGAGAAUGAUCUGUUGGGAUCUUUGCAAUCAUCAACUCACGCUAUUGCCUCAUACAAUUCGAAGGGUGUGGAAAGAGCUUCAGAACUUGCUAUUUCUUGUGAUUCAGAUCAAAGUUUUGGCAGUACCAAAGCCAGUGCCGACAGCUGCUUUCAGGAUGCUUCUGAUUCAAGCAUGACAGCAACCGUUUCCAUAGGAGGAGCUUACUCUGGUAGACCUGGUGGUCAAGUACUUGGGAUUUCUAAUCCAGAUGGGAUUGGGUGCUCCAACCGGAAACGGGCUCGUGAAGAAUCUAUAGGGGACCUACUUUUCGAUCUGAAUCUUCCUGCAGAGGCAGCUGAGAAGAGUUAGUUAUGGAUUGCAUUUCUUUACAUUCCAAGUGUACAGUGAAGGUGCUGGUGAUUCAUUUUUCAAGGAAGAACUGUUUUGCAAAAUCUUCAAACUUUAUUUUUUGCCAUCUCGAUCAUGAUUUCUGGAACUAGUAUCAUGGGGCUCAAGUCCUCAUAGAAACCGUGUACAGAGGCUAGGAGUAACUGCUAUUAUAUGUGCAUAUAUGUAUAGCUUGCUGAUGGGACAAAUUCUGGAAAUUGCUAUAUGAAGAAAUAGAUUUUUCCGGUGA